UUCACGAGGCAAAGACAGGAAGCGCCGACGCGCGCCCACUCACCGCAUGCUUUGAUUCAACUCGCGCUUCUCUGACGACAUAAUAUACACAGCUUGCUUGUUUUUGGCGGCAGAACUGUCAAAAGUGACGUUUUAGCACGUGCUCGAAGUGCUCGUCCUGUGUGAGACUCUACUUUCGUGGUGGUUAUUAUUAUUAUUUGUUGGUUUGUUUUUAAUUUAAGAAGCUAAGUGAGCGCUUCUUCGUUCAUUGGACUGUGUUUAUUUUUCUUGAAAUGACUGGGAAAUUUUUUGACUGCUUGUGAAUUGACGAAUCAAGACGGGUUCCUUCAACGAGGAGUUUUAUUCUAGGUUAAACAAUUCCGACGAAUCAGGAUGCGAGGCUGACAUGGCAGAAGGUAGCGUCGAGGAAGACAGUAACGAAAUGUUAGGUCCUACUUUAGCACCCGUUCUUCAUACCAUGCAAACUUCAACCCCAUCAAAUUUAAGCUGUAAAGAAGAAGAGGAGAGCGAUUGUGAUAGCAGUAUCGGAUCGCCGGAACCUGCAAUGGGAGCUGAAAAUGGUACCGACUUAACCAUAGCAUCUAAACAACUACACAAUCGCCUAGAAGAAACUAGUCAGACUGAAUCUAAGAUGGCCACUAGUAUAUCGCCUACGUCACAUUUGAACGGAGCCAUGGCUGGUUUGGUGACUCUACAAAAUCUCCAAAAUUUAGCAUCUCUACAAAACCUUCCUCAAGUGGCUUCGCUGGCGGCAGGACUGUCGAAUAUGGCCAACCUCUCUAGUAAUCCCGUUGUAAAUGCCCCCCUUAAUUUAAGUGUUAGCGCGUCAGCAACCAUACCUAGGAGUACUCAACCAAGUACAAUAGCAGAAACGCCGCCUAGUAUCAUGACUACUACGAUGAAUACCCAACCUCCCCCUCCACCUCCCUCUUCCAUGGCACCUCCUAGUAGUACUCUAAUGGGUUCCCAGCAACCGGCAGUGAUGCCCCAGUUUAUUUUAGCGUCAGGUCAACUAGUCCAGGGAAUUCAGGGGGCACAGUUACUUAUACCUACUUCUCAAGGUUUAGCAACCCAAACUAUUCUGACAAUCCCAGUUAACCAUGUAAAUAGUUCGGACCAGAUGGUUAAUCUGGCACUAAAUAAUGGACAAGUGAUGCAGACAUCUUUAGCCAAUUUGCAAGCCAUGGCUCAAACUAAUUUAUUAACUAAUCCCACUAAUCCAGUACCUCCAACAUCAAAUGGGACGAUAAAUCCAAACCUCCUUAAUCCCGCCACUCUAACCCACCUUCUCUCUAACGGCUCCGCACAGCAGCUACUUCAAUCACUUCCCCAGCUCCUCAGCAACCACCAUCAUACAAACCCUAAUCCAUCACCUUUAAUAAACCCCCUAACUCAACCGAUACUUCCUAACCGGUCACCCCUACUGAACACUUCCCCCAUGAUGAACUCAUCUCCCCCUCAAUCAAGCCAAACCAGAAACCAAAUGAACGUGCCGAACAUGGGUUCAUCGCCAUUAUCAUCAGUUCCUUUGGGUUCCACGUCAAUGGGUACUGCUCCGAGUCAUUUGGUAACAAGCCAAAGUAGUCACUAUGUAGAUACUAAAAUGCAUGGAACCAAUUUAAGCAACAUUCCGAGAAAUCCCUCACCAGGAGAUAAUAAUUGUAGAAUUAAUGGAGAAAUUAGUAUUAAUACCAACCAUGGAAGUAUUUCUAGUCAGGCCAUGAAGAGGUCGCCAAGUUCUCUUUCGCCCAAUUGUACUGACAACUCCACUGCUGACUUACUAGUUGAUUCACCGAAUCAACCUACCAUAAACCAAACAAACUCCAACGUUGUAGACGGUAUAAACUUGGACGAAAUCAAAGAUUUUGCCAAGGCUUUCAAACUAAGAAGGCUAUCUCUAGGUUUAACUCAGACGCAAGUGGGACAAGCUCUUAGCGUAACGGAAGGACCAGCGUACAGUCAGAGUGCUAUUUGCAGUGCCCUGGCUUCUCAGAUGUUUGCCGCAGCGCAACUAUCAACUCAGCAGCAAGCAAUGUUCGAAAAAUUAGACAUCACACCCAAGAGCGCUCAAAAAAUCAAGCCUGUUCUAGAAAGGUGGAUGAAAGAAGCCGAGGACAGGUACAAAAGUGGUCAAAAUCACCUCACAGAUUUCAUCGGUAUAGAACCUUCGAAAAAAAGAAAAAGGAGGACCUCUUUCACACCUCAGGCUUUAGAACUUUUGAAUGCACAUUUUGAAAGGAACACCCACCCGUCAGGUACCGAAAUAACAGGUCUAGCACACCAGCUCGGCUAUGAAAGAGAAGUGAUACGAAUUUGGUUCUGUAACAAACGACAGGCUCUCAAGAACACCGUGAGGAUGAUGUCCAAAGGGAUGGUUUAAGUCUGUGAUUUCUCUAAACAAAAAACAAUGUAAAUAGACUCUGUCGAACAAAAUUUGUAAAAAUGUAUAUUAUGUACAAAAAAAUGGAUCGGAACACAAUGAAAAGUAUAUUAUUGUCAGACGAUUUUUAUCUAGUAGGGAUAAUUUAUUUCAAUGUGUAUCUAUGAAACAAAGUGUUAUAUUGAUCAAUUGAAAAUGAGUAGGUAUCAUUUAGAAAUAAUUUAUAAUUUUCUUGGCAAAUAAUUUUUAAUUUAAUGUAUUUAAUUUAUUUAAUUAAUAUAUUUUCCGAAAAAUAAUUUUUACCUGCUAAUAUUUUGAAACAGAAUAUAGAACAAUUAGUCCAGAGAAAUAAGAUUUUUCUCGUGACACAUCCCCCUCCAGGCCGAAACAAAAUUUUUUGAGUAGUAUGGACAUCUAUAAUAAUAACCUAUACGCUCUGAGCUUCGCUGGUGGCGCUCCUAGCGGAUUACUAAUUCAACUUUCACCGGUAAUUUUUAAAUUUAUUAUUUAAUUUUUGUCGCUUAACAUUUACAACGCAAAAAAGUAAUUCAAUUGUAAUCGAUUUUUUUUAAGAUUUUGCUAAUCAUUUUGACGUUCUAUUGAUAAAAUAUAAUUUCUUCCUUCGGAUACUUUCACCAUUAUCGUGUAGAUGGCGCUAAGAUUUUUAGAUUAAAUUAUAAUUACAUAUUACGCAACAUUAAAAAAACUUAAAUUCAGUAUUUAAAACGUAAGUAUAUUUAAGAUAAAAAUAUAUACCACAGCUUUGACCAACUAAUAUUUUUUAUGAUUAAUGUUUUUAAUUUUAAUUUUAAAUUAAUCACUUUGACAUUUAUGUCAAAUUUCCGGUAAACGUUUACAAGCUUGCCACUACUGGCGCUCGCGAAUUUGUAAAUAUCCCCUCUACGUACGAGCUCACAGCGUAUAUGUUUCCUGCAGCCGAUUUUGAUGAUAUACAUAGUUAUAAACAAAUGAAGGUCAAAAAACGGUAAAUUUUCGCUUUUUUCGUCUAUUACUAAAAAGUGAAGCAUUCUAAACAAAUUUGAGAAUAAGGAACUUAUAAAUCAUAUAAAAAGCUUCAAUAUGACGUUCGCUGAAUAUGUCUAUCCUUAUUUGUUGCUUAGAAAAUUGCAAAAUAAGUCAUAAAUUUUGAGAUUUUAUAAAUGUUCAUAACUUAUGUAAAAAUUAAGUUAGAACCUUCUUAUUGCAUGGAAUGCUGAGACUUCUUGUACUUAAAUUAUAUUUUAAAUUUCAAAGCUAUUGGUCAAAUAGUUUAAAAGUUAUUUAACUUGUUUAUCCCAAAUUCAUUUUUUUUUUGCAACACUAUAAGUCAGAAAAUUAUGAGGUUAUAGUAAUACUUAAGACAGUUUAUGAAAGAACAACAUUUAUGCUAUUAACUUAAUUAAAAAAAAUGACAAAAAGUAAUUUUAAACAGUGUAAAUUUAUUUUGCAAAACAUGUCGAUUAUUUGCUUACUUAUAAACAAUUAGAAUAACUUUUUAACCGUUACCCGUAGAAAAAUUAUUUUUCAUAUUUAGAAAGACUGAAUUUUUAUACACAUUUAGAAACAAAAACUUAGUCUUAGGGACAAAGUUAGCGUUUUUUUAAUUCACCCCCCCCCCCGUUUUUUUAAUUCACAUGUUCUUGCAAAUAUUUUUGCAAUAUUUAUAAUUGUUUUUUGUCAUUUUUUAAAUUAAAUUAAUAGUGUAAAUCUUCUUCUUUCAUAAACUAUCCAAAGUAUUACUGUAACUUCAUCAUUUUCUGACCUAUAGUGUUGCAAAAAAAAUAAUUUGGGAUAAACAAAUUAAAUAACUUUUAAACUAUUUGACCAAUUGCUUUGAAAUUUAGGGUAUGAUUUAAGCACCAGCCAGAAGUCUCAGCAUUUCGUGUAAUAAAAAAGUUCUAAGUUAAUUUUUACAUAGGUUAUGAAUAUUUAUAAAAACUCAAAAUGUAUGAUUUAUUUUGCAAUUUUCUAAGCAACCAAUAAGGAUAGACAUAUUCAGCGAACGCCAUAUUGAAGUUUUUUAUACGAUUUAUGAGUUUCUUACUUUCAAAUUAGUUUAAAAUGCUUAACUUUUUGAUAAUAGACGAAAAAAUCUAAAGUUUGCCGUUUUUUAAUCUCCAUUUGUUUAUAACUAUGUAUAUCAUCAAAAUCGGCUGCAUAAAACAUACAGGGUAUUAUUAUAGAUGUCUAUACUACUCAAAAAAUUUGGUUUCGGCCUGGAUGGGGAUGUGUCACGAGAAAAAUCUUAUUUCUCUGGACUAUAUAUUUUCAUUAAUAUAAUCCCCGUUAAAAGAAAACGUUCUUCAAAAUAUAGAUGAUAUUUAAAAUAGAAGAAGAAAGAGGUGCAGAAGAAUGAGGCGAUGAAGGAAGGUAGAAAGAGACAGAAGAAAUACUUGAUAAGUUAAAUUUCCAAAAUUACUUAAAAAUGUUAGUGUGUCAAAAAAACAGCUUUUUUAGUUCUAUCCUAUUCAAUGCAAAUCCAAUAAUGAGCUGUUUCUUUUUAUUGCGAAAGUGUUCCUUUUUAUUUAGCAGAUAGUCAAAAAUUAAAUCGUCACUAGGUUAUCUUACCUUAAACCACCCUAGCAAUACUUUACCUUUUUUUUAGCAAUACAAAACUGCAUAAUACACUAUACAGGCUGAUAGUCCUAGUCCUGGAUCCCACGUACCAAAGAAAAGUUUAUUAAUAACAAGCUAGACAUUUGUUCAUAGCUUAACGGUGUCAAGUCGGACAAACUUUGAUGUAUGGGAACACUGGAACAGGGAAGUUUUAAUUGUGGAACGUGAUUUUAAUUGUGGAACGUGUCAUCCUGACAAGUUUAAGAUUGUUUAAACUAGCAGGUUGUUUUUAAGUUUAUUCAAUAGCAAACUUUAUAAAAAAAUGUUUGUCCGACAAAUAUGUUGGGCAUUUUAAUAAGUCCGACACGUAGAACAUCUCAAAUGACAAGAAUUAUGUUGGUGAUAAAUAGCAGUCAGAUUUUUGCAUAAGAGCUUAAUGUAAGGGUAAAAAAUCAAUUGGAAGUUCUGUCCGACAAAAUCAAUGGGAAUUUUUGGUACUCCGAUAGUCUGACGUUCGAAACCUGUAAGAUAUAGACAAAAAUGCUUGCUAUUAACAAACUUUUGUUUGGUAUGCGGGAUCCAGGACUAUCCCUGUUCUCACAUAUGGAUCACAAGCAUGGACGUUAGAAAAAUUUGACGGACCCUAUCUAUCGACUUUUGAAAGAAAUGAGCAAAAUAUUUCUAGAAGUCUGUAAAAAACGAUGUUUCGAAGUCAUUUCUUGUAAAUAAUUUAAUUUUAUAUUAUUUUCCAAGGAAACUGUAAUUUUAUUCGCACUUCUCUAUUUUUAUUUUUUUAAUUUGUGUUUUAAAUUUGUACUUAAAAUUUUCCCGUUGGUUCAACUACACAAAUUCUUUUUUAGGGAUAACUUGUAAUAAUUGACCUGUUGAAAUUUUAAAACUACUGGAUCCUUUUGAAAUAUUGUUAAGGAAUCGAAACAUAGAUUAUAAGGAAACCAAGAAAUUGUAAUAUUAAUAUUUUUCUAAUAAAAUCAACCUAUGUAUACGAUUUAAAGAUGUUUAACAUAUCUAAAAUGAAAGUAUACGAUUUGAGUUCUAGAUUAAAUAUUUUAAAAAAGGUUAUUUUUCAUGUAAUUUUUAUAUAUUUUUAAUGUUUAAUUCUAUGUUCUUGGCAUAUAUUUUAAUUGCAAAAUAACAAAUAAGUUCCAUAAAAUAAUGUUAUUGCUAUAAUUUGAUAGUAGCAGGAAUAAAGCAGGUUACCUUUCCAUGGGGGACAACUAUUUAUUCAACAUUUUGUUUGUGCAUGUAAGUUAGAUUAUUUUAAAAGAAUUGGACAGUAUCCCAAUAUAAUCCUUCUUAUACGUCAGUUUGCUCUCGACAUUUAUUCAGUGGCGUAUAUGAGUUGGGGAUUCGACAUGCACUGUAUAAGACAUAAAAGUAAGAAACAUAUCCCAACAGUUAAUUCGUUAGGGACGACACAAACAAAUAAGAAUAAUGCCGAGAAGAAGUUAAUCGGCACAAUCAUCAUCAUCAUCAUCAUCAUUGGCUCGACAGCCCUUUCUGGGUCUUGGCCUGUUCAAGGAUUCUUCUCCACUCUGAUCUGUUUCGUGCUUUUUUUCUCCAGUUUUUUAUUUUUAAGGUUUUUAUAUCAUUUUCUAUGUGUUCUAAAUAUCUCAGCUUCGGUCUUCCUCUUGUUCUUUUUCCUACUGGCAUCUGUUUGAAUAUUUUGUUUGGUAUUUCGCCUUCUUCCAUUCUUUUAAUCGGCACAAUAGUAGUAGGGAAAUUCUAAUAUAUAUUUUUCUCAACAUCAUAAAAUUAAAGCAAUUGAUAUAAUUUUUAUAUAACCAGAUCAGAAAUGGGAUAUUUCUGUUCAAUAAGUGCAUUUUUAUUUCAUAUAUAUGUUCAGAAGUAUACCACAUAUAACUAACAUAGUAUGCAGUAGGUAUAGUACAUGCCAACAACAUAUAAAAAAUUAUAAUAAUUACCUUUUUUAAGAAAUGAAACACAUUCAAGAAUAUUAGUAAAGAUGAUAAUAUAUGUUUUUUAGAUAUAGUCGGUUCGCUAAUCUCAGACACAACUGUCUAGUAAUUUUAGUAAUUAUUUUUUUUGCGAAGUUAGUUACAUUUUGACAAACUAGACGUGGCCGGAAAUUAAUUUACAACCCAACACAUGUACUCAUAGCCAAUAUUAAGAGUAAACAAUCAAUGAAACAACAAUAACACUAAUAUCUAAUAAUAUAAACAGCGCGAUACAAUUAUUUACUAUAAUAAUAUGUUAAAUUAUAACAACUGAAACUAUAUAUUUUGAAGAAAAAAACAUUUUUGAUAUAUAUUUUGAAUAUAUACCGAAAAUUUUACGAGUUUAGUAUACACACUAUUUCUAAUAAUUCUUCUUUUUUUAAUGAAAGAAUUAUGUAAUAACAAGUUUAUUUGAGCUGUUAAUAGUGUGAGGCAGGUAUUUUUGUGUUAUAUGUUUCCAACUCUGAAUCUGUGAAAAUAUGUCUGAGUUGAGCGAACGAACUUUAUGUAACAGUUGAUCCUUUUACUCUUUCUGUUCUUGACACAAUACGUGACAUUUUGACAUCAUCAUUGACAAUUUACGUUACAUACGACGUGAAACGUGACAUUGACAUGACAUUUUGACAUAAUUAGACGCCAUAUUCCUUUCCAACGUCACCCCAUGCGAUCCAUAAAAUCUUUUUAAAAACAGUUUCAAAGAGAAAAAAAUGUUUAUAAAAGAGCCUAAACAAUAAAAAAAACAAAUAAAAAUGAUUGAAGGUGUUUCAUGAUAAUAUCUUUCAAUUCCUUGUAUAUUUAAUUUAUUAAAGAUCUCAUGAAGAUUUGUAAAUUUCUAUGUAAAAUUAUUCUAAGUAAGGGAUGGUAAGUUUAGUGUCCAGAAAUAAAUCUCAUUAUUGAUCUAACAAUAUUCUUACAUUUUGGUAUGUCAUUUAAGUUACUUUAAAUGAUUAAAUUUUACAAUUUAUAGUAGAAAAUAAUAACUUUUUUGCCUCUAUUAAUUUCCAGGAUUCGUUGAAUAACAAAUUAUAUUAAUGGUUCAACACUAAUUUCUAUGAAAUUCUUUCACUGGGGAUUUUCGUUCGAAAUUUUUGCGUUCUUUUUGUAACUAUGUUCGAGGUUAAAAGUUAUUUUCAAUUUUUUGCUGCUGCUUCCAGAGCCGUAAACAAUAGGACCAAGUUCGCCUUUCUUCUUGCUAUGAUAUCGAUGUCGUCUGCAUACGCUAGUAUUUGUACACUCCUAUUAAUAGUGGUUCCCCUUGUUGUUAUUCCAGAUUCUCUAAUAUCUACCACAGUAGGAUAUCUCCCUGUCGAAGUCAUAAUAUAUGUGUCUGGAAUAUUCUUGAUACUCCGUUAUGCACUCUAACCUUAAUUAUAACACUCGAUUGUUAAGAGGGUUGCUUUCACCAGUUUUACUAACUGUAUUGUGAUAUCGAAUUCUAUCAUGGCCUUGUAUAGUGCGUUUCUGUCUACACUGUCAUAGACACAUCUAAAAUCCACAAACAAACGGGAAGUAUCAAUUCCUUUGUUGGGAUGUGUCGUGUUGGUCCUUAAGGUACGGAAAAAGGGCCAACUCUCGAACUUAGGAAAAACACUGAAUCUACAGUAUACUUUUAUUUAAAGAUACAACGUCCAUAAGCGUAGGACUUACGGAGGUGUUGUUUCACGGGAUAUCGUUCAGACACCCAUCUCGAACAAUGCUAACUAUAAUAAUAAUCGAUACUUAACCCCUCCUCGGGCUUUUUAUGUCUUCCUUUAUCUUGGACUUUGAAAUUAGAUUAUACGUGAGCAACGCUUCGUAUUCGCAAGGUUACCCAAACAAACUACAUCAAUUAGCUACAUUAUCAACCUUCGCUUUGUUUGUUAUUAUAGAACCAACACCUCGUUAACGACCUACUUACGCUUAAAUCAUUAUAUACAUUUUAGGAUACAUAUAUUAUAAAGUAAGGGUUUUCCCUUACUGUACAAAUGUUAUCUUUCUCUCUUUGGUCUUCCAUGCUUUCGAGCUGGAUUUCUGCACCUUGCAACCUCAUUUAGUCUACCCUUCUUUCUAGUAGCUGGUCCUGGUUACCAAUUAUGUCUCCUGUUCUGUUUUUAACUAUUGAUAGUCUAGAUUUGAAUUCCUUUAUGUUUUGGUUAACCAUCUUGUAGAAUUUUUGGGUCUCCAUUUGUGUGUUAUACUUAUCUAGUUGUUUCAGUUGGUUUUCUAUAUGCUCCUUCUUUCUUUUCAGUAUUUGUUUUUCGUCUCGUCUCGGCUGCCUAUAGGGACCGUGCAGAUUCGGAAGAGCGAUACCUGGUUUCAUAGCUCAGCAACAUUUUUACCACUUUUAAUUAUAUUUGCCAAUUAUAUUAGUCCUGGUUGCUAUAUAAUUGUCAACGCCAUAGGAAAUAACGCCAAAAAAGAUAAGAAGAAAAAAUAAGAUUGAGGUAAAAGGGUAAAAUUAUUAAAAGGUAAACAUUGUACUACAAGCAAAAUACCAUUGAUUAAAUUCACUUUAAUAAUUGCAUAUCAUAUAAAUAUUGUGGAACAACAUAUAAUUUUUACAAUUUAUAACACACCCUUGCGAAAUCCCAUUUUCGUCAAUGACAGUAGGUAUGAAAUAUACUACGUCAAUUUGACAAUUUCAAUUAACAAUAGGUUUGUUCCAACUCGAUACAAACCGUUCUUGAAUCGUUACGCUCAUGCGCAAUAACGAAUAAUUAUGCGCAGUAACACAUUUUUCGUUACUGCGCAUACUCGUAACCGUUCAAGAACGGUUUUGUAUCGAGUUGGAACAAACCUAAUAUGAAUUAUUUAAGAAAUAUAUGUUAAGAAAGUUGCAAGAUUCGUCCGCUAUUCGCGCACGAUCGUUUCUCGUAUCCCCUCCAAGUACUUGCACACAGCGAAUACUCUUCCUCUACUUGUCUCGUUCUCCGUUCUUGGAGCCUUGUAUGUGUUUGAUUUUCUCUACGCGUUACUUAUGUACAUUCCUAAUCGUACAAGUCCGAUGCUUUGGGAAUUGUCCAUGUGAAGAUCAUGCUUGAAGCUUUAUAAGUAAUAUCUUGCAGAUGUUUUCCAGUCAUAAAUAUUAAAAAACUAAAAUUUUAUUUAUAUAUUUUUGAAUUUCUGGACACGAAUCUUCCUUACAUCCCCGAAAGAAACCAAAGUUCCUAUUAGGAUUAAGAAUAAAUGUACGAUGUAAAUACUUGUAGAUUAUUAAGAAUUGUAGUAAAUUUUUAGCAAUAUCAACAUGUGUCAGAUUAGAUAUCUAUUGUGACGUAAUUUAGCGAAACUUCCUGUAAAAUAUUCUAAUUAAGUGGAAGAUAAAGAAUCGUACUUGUUCGUAUGUAGAUGUAAACAGAAUAAAAACAUUGUGCUAUAAGUG